AGCCCAAACAAAAAACACUAGUAACUCGUAUUGCAGAGGGACAAAGAGGCGGAACCCAAUUAAGCACGCCAAGACCGAUCGAAGGUCGAAGACGAAUCGCCUCAUCUUCGCUGCCGCCGGCUGCCCGCCUCACCGCGACGCCGUCCAGGUCACUCCAGCAUUUUCUACUCUUCAAUUCUUCAGACGCAGAAAUGGUGAUUCCUCCUCCAAUUAGACCGGAACGAGUUUCAAAGUUCCUGAAACCUUAUGUACUGAGGAUGCACUUCACCAACAAAUAUGUGAAUGCGCAAGUGGUUCACACCCCCACCGCAACAGUUGCAGCAUCUGCAAGCACACAAGAGAAGAGUCUGAGGCUGGCAAUGACAGCGGCAAAAGAGAACACCAGAGACGUUUCUGCUGCUUCCAAAAUAGGGAAGCUGCUCGGCGAGCGUUUGCGCAUCAAAGGCAUUCCUGCAGUUUCUAUUUUCUACAAGAGGGACCAGAGGUAUCAUGGAAAAGUCAAAGCUGUGAUUGACUCCAUCAAGGAUGAAGGAAUCAAAUUGCUUUGAGUAAGUCAUCCCUAGUUUAGCCUCAUGUUGUGUCCUUGGAAGACUCUUAAAAUAAGACAAAGGGUUAUUUAAGUCAAAAGCACAUUGUAGAAAUGUAAUUUUUGUUCAGUGUGUUCCGCGGCUUUCAAAACGUAUUUUUCCCUUUUACCUGACCGGAAGCGUUUGGACCUCGG